CAAUAAAUUAAUAGAAGGUACAUGUCCGCACCACAAGUAGUUGUAGCUGUAAGUAGAGCAACAAGAGCGCGCAGGACGUAGGAGGCAGGUCGCUGGGCUGGCUGUAGUGCUGUUCCCGUACAUUAUACCAGCAUAGUUGGUUUAGAUGAUGUUUUAAGGCGGUGUUAACGAGAGUGCACUGUUUGUGCAAAGAAUGCGUGAAGCAUCCAUGGAUGGCAAGGCGCCGGUUGGUCGCGGCAGGCGCGAGAAGGCGCGGGUGGCGCGUUGGGCGUUGGCGGUGUCACUGCUGGUGCUGAUUUGCCCGGCCUCGGCGCGCUCUCUUGUGGCAGACGACGAAAACCUCAGCCCGAUGGGAAAUGAAUACAAGCCGUGCUUUCGGGAGCGGGACCGCAGGGUGGGCGUGUGCGUGCACUUCACGCAGUGCUACAAAAACCAGUCCCUGGCAUACGGCGGAAACAUUUUCAAAUACGACGUCAGGGACGGAGCGCCUCCAAUUAAGGCUUGCGGCCGCGACAACUGGUGCUGCACUGAUGACUCUGGCCUGGCCGCGCUCGCGUCUUCCGCACCGCCCGAUGCCGCCACCAGCAGCACGCCGCCUGAGAGCACGGGGAACUGCAUGCGAGCUUCCGACGACUGUCCGUGGUGCGUCGCCCUCUACAGGCCGGGCGGCGACGUGAACCGAGGCCACCGCACCGAGUCCGGCCUAUACUGUGGCGGCGCGCUGGUCAGCCCCCGCGCGGUACUCACAAGCGCCGGGUGCGUCACCACUGUCGCGCAGGAGAGCGUGUGGGCGCGCGUGCCGGCCUCCGCCGCACCCUCACGCAAUUACGCCGUCACUGACAAGCUGCGGCACGAAGGUUACAACUCCGGUAACAGCAAAAACGACUUCGGCCUAAUGAUUUUAAAGGAUUCAGUCGAGUUCGCAACGAGUCCCUUUAGUGCAUGCGUGAGCUUUUCGCCGCCGCCCGCCGCCGGCUGCCGCGCCGUCGGCUUCGGAGUCCACGAGCAGGUCGUACUGACGCCGAUGUCCUUGCGAGACGGAGACUGUCCGCCGCGCAACCGCUCCAUACCGGACCUGGUGUGCGCCAUGCCCGCCGUGCCCGCGCCCUGCGACGUAUCGCCCGGCGCGCCCGUGCUCUGCCCCACUGGCGACGCCCAGACAUCUGCAAUUCCAGAUGCGUUACCUUUAUUACUCCCAAAUGGCCCCGAGUGA